AAAUAUACAUCUCAUGUAUAUUUCUUAUAUAGUGUAUACAUAUAAUGCAGAGUAAUAUUUAAAUCGUCUUUUUAGUUCGCAAACCACUUCGUAGCACAGUUCACUCUUUUUCUAUGAGAGACUUAUUUCUUUCCGCCAGACUCAUUGUAAAGAUCAAACGCGCGUUCGUCAGCUUACAAUGUCGUUCCUUCUUCACGGAUUUUCUAAAAGGGAAUCUAAUCGAAAUAUAACAACACGUUGCCUCGCGUGUAACCUUUCUAUCAAUAUGACAGCUAUUAUAAGAUACACCUUUCAGGAAAUGAAACGAUUCUCGAAGCACCACGUACCCUUCUCAGAUAAUCGUGCAAAGUUUCCCUACUCGCAUAGAAUUAUAUUUUCCGCGUAAAAUCCCUUUUUUCUUCUACGAAGAAUCUACAAAGUGGCGCAAGCGCAAAUCACGCCGAGGACAGGCUUGAGCCCUCGCGACUGGUCAGUACACAUUAAUCAUCCGUGCUACGAUAAUGGAGAGUUUACCCCGUUAUCCUGAUCCUCUUAACGGACCUGAGUUGUACAAUCAAAAUUACAAAAACGAUAUUCGACACAGCAUGCAACUGAAUAUCUGGGUAAUGAAGAUAAUCGGCACGUGGCCGGUGAGAUACUCCUGGAACGAGACGCUAUGGAACAGAGUGUUGAAUGUAAUCUGCUACGUGCUGUUGGCUUUCCUCUUGAUCCCAAGCGGCAUGUACAUCUUCCUGGAGAUCAAAGACUUCUACAACCAGCUGAAACUGGGGAGCGCUCUCACCUUCUUCUUCAUGGCUGUGAUAAAGUACUGCGCUCUACUUCUGCGUGAGGGCGAUAUACGCAGAUGCGUCGAUUACAUCGAGGGUGACUGGAGGAACGUAAGAUAUACGGAGGAGAAGAAAAUCAUGCUGGACAACGCAAACUUUGGCCGUCGGCUGGUGAUCAUUUGCAGUAUCUUUAUGUACGGCGGCGUCCUGUUCUAUUUCGUGGCGGUACCGCUGACUCGCGCGAAGAUUAUCGAGGAGAACGGCAAUUUCACUUAUCGCAGGCUGGUGUUCCCGGUGCCCAACGUGAUCGUCGACACUCGCCGCAGUCCUAUCAACGAGAUCUUUUAUUUCAUCCAGCUGUUCGCCGGCUUUGUCGCCCAUAACAUCACGGUGGCCGCGUGCGGCUUAGCAGCCCUCCUUGCGAUGCAUGCUUGCGGACAGCUGCAGGUACUCAUAUCCUGGAUAAACCAUUUAGUUGAUGGUCGAGAAGGCGUCAAUGAAACAACGGACGAGAGACUAUCAAAGAUUAUACAAUUACACGUGAGAAUCUUGAAUUUCAUAUCAUUAAUCGAAGAGUUGUUACAUGAAAUAUCUCUAGUGGAAGUUGUGGGAUGUACGAUGAAUAUAUGUUUCCUCGGAUAUUAUUGCAUGAUGGAAUGGGAUUUCAAGCAACCUGUAAGCGGUUUAACAUAUUUGAUACUCCUCAUUUCACUUACAUUCAACAUAUUCAUAUUUUGUUACAUAGGCGAACUUUUAACAGAACAGACUAUAAAAGUACGCGAGAGUUCGUACAUGAUUGACUGGCACCGACUUCCGGAAAAAAAGAGCCUUGCCAUUAUCUUGAUAAUCUGUAUGUCUAAUGCAACCACGAGACUUACUGCUGGAAAUAUAAUCGAACUAUCCAUCAGCAGCUUUGGUGAUGUAAGUAUAUAUCCACAUUAUAAUAAAAAACAAAUCAGAAUUUUAAAUUUUAUAUUAAUAUUCUUUAAGACAAGAAAGAUUCAAUUUUUUAUUAAAAAAGAACAUAUAAAAAACUGAUUUUACGAUAGAAAUAUGUAAAUAUAUUUGAGUUAAUUGCAGACAUAUUAUAACAAGACAAUUCUUUUAAUAACAAUAGGUUAUCAAAUCGUCUGUCGCUUACUUGAAUAUACUACGAACGUUUACUGCUUGAGAAAGUGUGAUUUGAAUUGUAGUAAAAAUCAUCAAUUCAUGACAUUAAAUCUUACACGAAACAGCAAUAAACUUCAAAUAUUUUUAUUCGACAAAUCUUGGUGAUUGCUCAUAAAAUAAUCAAAGUAUGUAAUGCACUUUUUUAUUUAAUAUUUGAUAUAACUUGGAAACUAGACUUCGCUUCAAGUAGUACCCUUAGAUACGUGCAUUUUUAUUACUUUAUAAUACCUUUAAUACUCAGCAAUUAAAUAUAAUAAAAUCUCCCAAUAUAUCCCCAUAAUAAUAUUUUAAAAAUAAAUAAUAUUAGAAUACAAGUGUGUGUAUGAGAAAUAAACUGAUAUAUUUUAUAAUAGAUUAUAAAAUAAUUUUUACAAUUUGGAA